AUGUUUCUGGAAAGAUGCAAAAAAUUGCCUAUUCAUAUCUCAUGGCAGCAUAUUGCUAUACCUAAACAAGUGAAUAUUUCUCUUCACAGAACUUCUGUGACGCUUUUCUCUAUGAAGGGUCCUCCCAAUCAGGAUUCUUCCAUGCAAUUUGAACUUCGUUUGGUUAGUGCCAAACAAGGCUCUGAUUCAGUUACUCCCGCAAUACGAGCAAAUUUUUUGCUUCAGAAAGGAGAGGAUCACAAUUCUGCAAUAAUUGCAUUAAGAGAUUCGUUGGAUGGACCUCAAGAAGUUCAUUUAGAAUUAACCCUUCGGUUAACAACUAAUGGGCAAUUUAAUGGGAAAUAUGUUGCUAAUUUGCUUGUCUUUGUUUCACAAUAUCGUCCCCAAACACAACAUAGCCGUUUACACAGAAUUCGUAGACUUUGA